AUGGCAACAACAAAAUCAGAUACACGUUCCUGGCCUCCCCACCGUGGUGGGGAGGAGUUCCUCUCAAAGAAGGCAAACACUCAGUCGGGAUUUGCGCACGGUGACUACGGCGCCGGCGGCGGUGGAGGUUACGGCGGCAGUGGCGGCGGGUAUGGAGGCGUCGGUGGCAGGUACGGAGGCGGCAGCGGCGGGUAUGGAGGCGGCGGCGGUCGUGUAGGUGGCACCAACGCCGCCGAUGGGUGUGGCAGUUAA